GGCUGAUUAAACUUUCCAUUGUAAUAAAACGUAGACGAAAUUUAACAGGCUCGCAAUAAUAAUGCUAUCGAGAUCGUUCAAGAAGCACUUUAAAGCUUGAAGUGCUUAAAACAAGAACAAUCAUCGGAUGUGAUGUGAUAAAAGUAUUUUAUUAUUGCGCUAAACCAACCGACACUGGUUGAGUUUACAAGUGUGAAGUUGCAGGAACGUGAGAGAGGGGAAGUUAGAAUUGUUCGUGUUGUGACGCGUUUGUACCUUCGAAAUUAUUCACUGUGUGUGUACAACACAUUUAUCUGCGGCGGGAGAAAAAAAAAUGGCAUUUACGUUUGGCACGCCAGCGAUUACAUCUGGUAACACGGGUUUCGGAUUUGGAGCGCAGAAGUUAGCAACAGGCUUUAAUUUGAGCAACACAUCAUUUGGUACCCCGACCACGACGUCAUUCAGCACUACCCCGACGACGUCCUUCGGCUCGUUAACGUUCGGCGCUCUCUCCGUCCCGACGACGUCCAUAAGUCUCAAUUUUGGAUUCGGCAAUACUCCGACAACCUCUACACAAGCGCAAUCUGGUAGUUUGCUCCUAGGAUCCAAUACAGCUAUCACAAUGACUACCGCACCUAGUUUAUUUCCUACUCCUAGCACGUCCGCACCUUUAUUCACAGGCCUUACCUUCGGGACAUCGUCCACAACAAGUGCUCCGACAUUUGGAGUUACAUCCAAUACACCUGCAACGGGAAGCUUGACUUUCGGUGCAUCUACCACCAAUAGUACUAAACCGACAAUUAGUGCUACCGCUACUACUACAACCGGCACAAAUCGAGGGCUCGGUGGCCUAGACAUUUCCAUCAACAACAGAGGCUUGUCUCAAGGGAAUAGCAGUUCGACAGCUGCCAAGGAGAAUUUACUGCCGAAUGAGUUUAUGCAGACCAUUGAUAAGUUCAAGGACUUUGUUAAAACACAGAAAGUCCUGUCUUCGGACAUUGCGAGAGGCUCGGCGAGGCCGUUAAAUCGAUGCGCCGAAGACACCGCGUCUCUAAUGGAAAUCCUGUCCACCCUGUCCGGCUCUGUUCAACGGGACCGUUCUUUCGCCGAUAAGCUGAAGCAGGACACGGCGAGGGCAUUGCAGAACGCGGAAGUGGCUCAAAGGACUCACGAUACUCCGCCGGGUCUGCAGUACGAAAACAACGCGCCCCUCCAGUUCUUCGUCGAAUUAGCCGAGAGCUUCGAGCACGACCUGAUGUUGUUCAGAUCGCAGAUCGAGACGACGGAGAAACACAUACAAGCCAUGAUGGCGCCGAGAACGUUAACGCCGCAGGAACUGACAAUGGCCAUGAGUAAACUUCACGAGUCUCUGGUGGCGGUUGCUGGCAAGUUGCAAAGCGUGCACGCCAAGGUGCAACAGCAAAGGGAACAGUACCUUAAUUUCCGAAAAUACGUGUUGAAGGAUAACACCAAUGUUUUCGAUGGUAUCAAGGUAAACAGUAAAUCUAGUCGGAACAGCGUCGAGAAGAUCACGAGCGGUCCCACACCCUUCGGGCCAGGAAAUAAAAGCUUUUUAUCGUCGACGGCAUUGAACUCAAACCGACCGGCAAGUUAUGAAACACGAAAUUCUUUAGUUUGGGAAAAUACGACACCGAUACCGUCUGCUACUAAUAGUGCCAUUGGCUCGUCCAUGAAACCACCGACAGCGAGUUUAAACUUUAAUUCGACAAUUAAUUUGAUCGCACCGACAAAUGAAUCCAGCUCAAACUUCCAGCUACAGAAACCCCCCGUUGGUAAUAAACGAGGAAAACAUUAAA